UUGGGUGGCAUGGGGCGUGUUGCUGUGGGAAACUGGGGAAGCGGCAGGGAGCUGCUGGGCCGGGCCUCAGUGGGAAAUGCCCUCAGCAGCUCCCGGGGCAUUGCUCGGGUCUCAGGGCCGAGAGUAUGUGGUCAGGGUGAAACCAGAGGAGGAAUCAGAGAACAGAGGAGAUAAGAACUGGGCUGAGGCAAGAGAAGGGGAAGAGAGAGGAAGCCUGUGAGCACAGAGGAAACUGCCUGGGCCAGUGGUGCAGGGGUGAGGUCCCAGCAGGGCUUCAGCUGCCCUUGGCUGAGCAGUCACCCCGCAGUGCAGGGAGAGACGGAGACUCCGGGCCGAUCCCUCCAGGCAGCAGCACGGUCACCAUGAGGCUGUUGGGAAGCGUGGAGCCCUGGCUGGCCAACACCUUUCUGCCCCUGCUGCUCCUCACCUGGCUGCCAGUUGUUUUGGUUUUGUUUCCUCCAGGAACAGCCAGUGAGAUGGUAAAGCCAGUCACCACUGUGCAGCUCAAGAUUGGUUUGGAGAAUCUCACAGUGCAGGUGAAGUGGUACGAUCCUGAAUGUUUGGAGAGGGAGAAUCAAACCAACACUGUGUUUCUGGGAGAAAACUCUAUGAAUUCCACCAGCUCAAACCUGUGUACAGCCCACACAGGCAUCUGUGUGUCUGGGGUCUUCAUCACAACACCAAACUCGACAGACGCUGGAAAUCAAACCAACACCGAGUUUCUGGGUGGAAGCUGUAUGAAUUCCACCAGCUCAAGCCUGUGUACAGCCUGCACAGGCAUCUUUGUGUGUAGGGUCUUCAUCACAAGACCAAACUCAACAGACACUGGAAACAGCACACAAGCAACAGAUCUCCGCUGUGGCUGUGCAGGAUCUCAGACUGAUGUCACAGGGAAGAUCUGGACAGGACUCAACCUCCUCCUGUGCAUCCUCCUGGGCUUGGCAGUCGGGACGCUCCUUUACAUGCCAGUCAUUGGCUUCCUGCUGUGGCAGUGCAGAAGGAACAGAACAGGAGAACUCAUGAGCAGGGAAGUGGCAGAGGGGAAUCAGGUCAGUAUGGCAGCCCCGGUGACAGGGACUGAGGAUCUGACCUAUGCCAACCUGAAUUUUGAAAAGAAGGGGACAGGAUCUGCCUCCUCCAAUGUCAUUUACACUGAGAUCAAGCCACUGCAACAGAAGCAGAGUGAUGGGGAUGGCAGUGCUGCCUGCACAGAGGUGAAUGUCUCCCCCAAGGAAGAGGGCAAGUGAGGGAGGUGAGCAGCUUAUUGUCCACCUGUUGGGGUCGUCCUCCUCAAAAACUAGGUGUUAGCUCCUACAGCAGUGCAGUCUUGGGGACCAAAGACACCUAUUACCCUCGAGUGGCCGCAGAACCCUGCUUUAUGUUCCCCUGGAAGAAGCCAUGUCUUACAGUGAGGACAGGGCUCUUGAGCCCGUUUUCCCCUUGCCUUCUGCAGCUCCAAGCACUGCCAAGCCUCAGCACCUAUUUUCACUGUCUCCAGUUGCUGACAGGCUCCUCUAGCUGCUCGUUCCAUGUUCAGGAAUGACAGUGUACACUGUGUGGCCAGCAUGGUGUUCAGGAACAGCUUGGUCCUGGGUGUGCUGGGUGGCACGUGCUGGCCAUGAGAAGUCCUGGAGCAAUAUUGUGGAUUUUCUCUGGAGCAGGCUCCUGCUGUGAUGUGGGUUGACCUUUCUUUCAUUCACUCACUUGAAACACAAGGGGCAAGGAUGGAAAAGCAUUGCUUGGGUGCUGCUGCAGCGAUGCACAUGGAUUUGCUUUGUUCUGGGAAUCUAGGCGUUUUUGCUGGUUUGGCGGUGAAUACCCUUCUUGUGGGCAGAGCACUCUCUUUUGUGCCCUCUUUUAUUGAUAAUGUUGUGUUUAUUGUGAGUUUUUCAGUAAAAUUAUCAUUCCUACA